AGCCACCCUCAAGCAUCACUUCCAGGCUCUGAGAUGGGCUGUCCCAUACAGAAGGCUGUCCUCCCUUGCCUGAGUCUCAUCCUGCUUGUCUGGAGCUGGGGGCCAGGGGUCCAGAGCCAAAAAUUCCAAUUUGGGCCCUGCCGAGUGGAGGGGGUAGUUUUCCAGGACCUGUGGGAGGCCUUCCGGGCCGUGAAGGACAUUGUGCAAGCUCUGGAUAACAUCACAAGCAUCCGGCUGCUGCGGGGGGAGGUUCUGCAGAACAUCUCGGAUGCUGAAAGCUGUUAUUUCAUCCGUGCCCUGCUGAAGUUCUACUUGAAUACUGUUUUCAAAAACUACUAUGAGAAGGCAGCUGAAUUCGGGAUCCUGAAGUCAUUCUCUACUCUGGCCAAUAAUUUUAUUGUCAUCGUGUCAAAACUGCAACCCAGCCAGGAACAUGAGAUGUUUUCCAUCAGUGAGAGCGCACACAAGUGCUUUCUGCUGUACCGGGGAGCAUUUAAACAGUUGGACAUAGAAGCAGCUCAGAUCAAAGCCUUUGGAGAAGUAGACAUUCUCUUGACCUGGAUGCAGAAAUUCUACCAGCUCUGAAUGCCUAGACCCUCCUCGCUCUCCGCGUCAUUUCAAAAGAGUGUCCCCUCCUGCGUUGUUCUUUGGGCACUUCACACCCUUGACCACAGGUCCUGUUCUUGGUCCAGGCUUAUCAUCAAAGACUUUAUUCUUUAAGUGGCCCCAAUGACAGUCAUGGAAGGUUCCCUUGGAUGCUGUAAAUAAUCAAACAGAUUCCCGUAUUUAUUACAACUAUUUAAAUCCUGUCAGUGUUUUUGCUGAUGCUUUAUUUAUUUGUGAGACUAAGUUCUGUGAAGGCGGCAGGAACAGUGCCCCAUGCUUCUCUUUGUUCCUCCAGGAUCCUUGGAACUGCACGGGGCAGUGGGUGGUGCUCAGAAAAUGCUUAAUAAACUGUUUGUUUGUUUUUGCCUAUCUUUCAAUGUUGAGGAACAAUGAGGGAUGCUGGCAUAUGAAGUUGAACAUCAGGACAUGGAAAUCAUAUUGUCAUGCUAUCUUCAGAAACAGAACAUUGGGGUGGGGGUGAGGGACACUGGUUUGGAAUGUAAAUGAU